UGUUUAUGUGUUUUCAUCUCAUUAAUAUCUCUAAUUAAUUAUUAAAAUUUGCUCUUUUAAAUAUGAUUUUUUAAUAAAAGUUUGUUAUAAAAUGAAAGUCUAUAUUGUUAGAUGAACGUACUAUUUUAAAUUUGUGCUGUGUUUACAAUUUCGGGUCAUAAUAUUAUUUCUAAGGUUAUGUGACAAACAAGUGAAAGGAAAUGGAUGACAUACCAUCCCAACGUUCUUUAUUUUCGGACGACCCUGAAACACUGGGAUUCGAUUUGUCCGCCGGAAAUGUUUGGGUAUAUCCUGAAAACUAUCCCACUAGAGAAUAUCAAUUUGCGAUUGUUAAAAAAUCACUUUAUCGUAAUACUCUAGUAUGUCUGCCAACAGGUUUGGGAAAAACGUUUAUAGCGGCAGUUUUGAUGUACAAUUUUUGGAGAUGGUAUCCAAAGGGAAAGGUCGUCUUUUUAGCUCCGACAAAACCACUUGUGGCACAACAAAUAAACGCCUGUCACGAAAUCAUGGGAAUCCCCAGUGAAGAGACUAUUGAACUUACUGGAACUACAAAUCAGAAGCUUCGUGAAGUGGCGUGGAUGAAUAAAAGAGUAAUAUUCGCAACUCCUCAAACAUUUCAUAAGGAUUUGGAGAAGAAUAUUUUUCCACUCAAUAUGGUCAAGUGUUUAGUUAUCGAUGAAGCUCAUAAAGCUUUGGGAAAGCACUCUUACUGUGAGAGUGUACGUUUAUUAAGCGAGCAAAAUAAAUUUUUUCGAGUUUUGGCUCUUUCUGCAACACCUGGAGAUAAAAUAGCUAAAGUAGUGGAGGUCAUCACGAAUCUUCACAUUUCAAAUUUAGAAUUGAGAGACGAUAUGUCACCGGACAUUACUCCUUACAUUAAUGAGCGGAAAUUCGACAUUAUUUUAGUUCGUUUAAGUGAUGAAUUAGCAAGAUUUAAGGAAAGAUACAUAUCAGUAAUGGAUCCUCAUGUCAGAUUUUUGGUUCGAUGUAAUGUUCUUAGAGGAGACACUGGCAACAUAACCAGAGGAAGGAUAUUCCACUUGCUAAGGGACUUUCAAGCAAAGCCAAAUAAAAGUGGAAACUAUGGACAAAUAAUGAAAACAUUAAAUAUAUUGCAAACAAUGUAUCAUGCUUAUGAAUUAAUGAUCAGACAUGGACUGCGAGCAUUUAUGCACUUUUAUGAAAAUCACAAUGACAAACGUUGGUUGGCGCAGGAAAUUAAUUUACACGAAAUGCUUAAGGACAUAAAAAAUUAUCUCGGCCCGUUUCCUGUUAUUGAACCAUUAUCGGACGGAACUAUACCAGACGUUUCUAAUGAUAUUCUCUUUGGUCACAAUAAAUUCUACAAACUGAAGGAACUUCUCGAAAAGCAUUUCAAAUCCUUUCAGGACAAAAAUGAAGAAACGAGAGCAAUCGUAUUUGUAGAGUUUCGGGACAUUGUGAAUGAGGUUUACGUUCUGCUUUUACAAAGUAGACCACUAAUACGUCCUCAAAUGUUUGUUGGGCAAGCCGGUCAAAAGCGACGUCAACAAAUAGAGGCCUUGGAAAAUUUUCGAAGCAAUAUAGUGAAUGUUUUAAUAUCCACGUCAGUAGGAGAAGAAGGUUUGGAUGUAGGAGAAGUAGAUUUAAUUAUUUGCUUUGACAUGUCUCAAAGUUCACCAAUCAGAUUAGUUCAAAGAAUGGGACGAACUGGUCGUAAACGAGAUGGACGUAUUAUUGCCUUAGUGACAGACGGAAAAGAGCUCGAGUCUUUAAAAAGUACAAUGUCUAAGAAGGAUAGUUUAAACAGCAAGGUCUUGCAGUCAAGUGCCAUUAAUUCUGCUCUUUAUGAACAAAGUCCAAGAAUGAUUCCAAAUCAAUUCACGCCAGAUUGUCGAAAGAUGCACAUGAAAGUAUUAACGAAAACUCCAAAAGUAAAAGGUGCAUCGAAGAGAAAGGAAAUUCUAAACCCAAAAAGGAAAACCACAGAGACAAGACUAAUUGAAAAGGAACCUGGUGCAAAAAAUACCGGUCAAUCGUCAAUACAGAAUUUUUUCAAAACAACAAAACCAGGCGAAAGAAUGUCCGAGUACAAUAAUUACGCGUGUUCACAAACACAACAAAAUAUAAGUAUUAAAGACGUGAACCUUUAUUUCUCGGAUAAGGAGAGCGAGGAAUUUUUAACACUAUGUGCAAUUCGAAAGACAAGAACCGAUUCACAUAUUUUGAAUUUUGAAACAAACGAAAAAUACUUUCGAACAAAGCAAAAAAAUCCAUCGAAGGAUUUAAGUUUUCUGCGAAAUUUAGUAAUACCAAAUUUAAAUGAUAAGGAUUACGUGAAAGCAAUACCGGAAGUGAGAGAAAGUAGCGAGGAAACAAUUCAUGAACUGCCAAAUUCUCAAAUUCAUUCACAAAAUUUUCCAUCAGUUUCUUAUUAUAAUGAAUAUGAUAAUCAUAAUGAUAUUGAUAAUGAUAAUGAAAAUUUGUAUAGCACAUAUUUCACGGCUGGUGAAGUUACAAUUGAACGAAGUUUCCUCGAUUUGAUCUAUGAUUCAUCAUCAUCGGAAGAAUUGGAAAAUUUUCACGAUGACAAUUUACCGAAUAAAUUUGAAGUUACCUGUAAUUUUGAUGAUUUACUGGAGACGACGGACGAGAGUGAACCCGAAGUAGAAAUGGAAAUGCAAAUGGAGAUGGGCGAUUUAAAAACGGAAAUAAAGGACGAAUCGAAUUCAAUGGACAUUGAGGAAGAAAAUCAAAAUCUGUGCGAUAAAAAUAAUUUAGAAGAAGAAAGGAAAGUAAUGUUUAAUUUUACCGAUAUUUUGGAGGAUUCGAGUCUUGAUUCGAUAAAAAGUCAAAAUAGUGAUAAAAAUGCAGAAGUUAUUGAGCGAAAUGUGAUUGAAAAAAUUGUCGAACAACAAGAAAAGGAAACAAUUUCGCUUAAUUUGAGAAAUGAGAAUGAAAUUCCUCCAAGAACAAAAAGUUUAUCACCAGAGGGGAGGGAAUAUAAUUUUAGUAAUCUUCUCGGAGGUACAACUUUAGAUUCCUUAAACACUCAGGAUUUCGUAAGGACCCAGAGUUUGAAAAACUCCAAAGAAAUUCCGUCAGUGCCAGUCAAAGAAAAAAUAUCCCCCGACGGGAUUCAGUCAAGAAAUUCCGCACAAGAUAAAAAAGAAACAGUAAUCAACGCUAGUCACCUCUUGGGGGGAAUGUCAUUAGAUUGUAUAAACACUCAAGAUUUAUUAAAUCCAGUGAUUUUAAGUAAUAAAAAUCCUUCGACUCAAGAGAAUGUCUCUCGUAAUAAUAGUAUCCUGACUUUAUCGACAAACACCAGUGGAAUCACAAUUACGCAAGUAAUUGAAGAAAUUGGAAAAAUCAAUGGGAACAAAUCUUUCAACAACAAUAAUUUAAAAGUAAGUUCUUCGCUAUCGAUAACUGAAAAUCAAAGAAUUGAAGAUCAGAAAAUUGAAAAUCAGAGAAUGGAAAAUCAAAGAAUUGAAAAUCAAAGAAUUGAAAACUAUCAAACAACAAGGAACGAAGAAAAAAAUAUUUCAACUAUAAAAGACGAUAAACAAAUGGUUUACGAAAUUCUCGAUUCAGACGAAGAUCUUUUCAAUACCGAAUUCGAUGAUAUCUCCAUUAUUGCCAGCAACGUUCCAGAGCCGGGAAAAACACCAAACAAAUCAAAUCAAUUCGAAAAUAUUCCCAAAGGGAAUACACUAACUAUUGGAAAUCUUGCGAUUACGAAACUAAACCAGAAGGAAAAUUCUGAUAAACUUCCCAUCAACGAGAAGAAAAAUUCCGAUAUAGUAAUAUCCUUUACAUCGAAUGAUAAUUUGAGUAAAGAAAAUGAAAUAUCGAAAACGAACAUUUCCAGAAGGAAAAAACUAACUUUUGGAGAUUUAGAUAUUUCGACAGUGAGUCCAGUUAAAUCUACGCCCAUCGAAAGGGAAAAUUUGAAAAAUUUCAACGAAAAAGCAAAAACUAUUGAACAGAGGAAAAAAUUAACAAUUGGAAAUUUGGAAAUAUCGACAGUGAAACCUAAUAAAUCGUCGCUUCCUGAAAAAAGGGGAACGAAUAAAUUUUCUCUCAACGAAAAGGGAAAAGAAAUUUCGACACUGAAUCCCGAAAAAUCGAUAAAUAGCGAAAGGGGAAAUUCGAGUAAAAUUUCUCUCAACGAAAAGGGAAAUUCCUGCAAAUUAUCUCUCAACAAAACGGGGAAUUCGAUUCAAGUUUCUCUCAACGAGAAGGGAAAUUUAAGUGAAGUUUCAUUCAACGAAAAGGAUGUUUCGAGUACAUUUUUUCUCAACGAGAAGGGAAAUUCGAGAUUUUCUCUCAACGAAACUGGAGCAACAUCGGACAAGAAAAAUAGUAAAUCAAAUAAAGAAAAAGAAAGUUUUGAUAACAAUUCAAAUAGUAAAGGGGAAAAUUCAAAAGCAAAUGAGAAAGAAAAUUCUCGUUUUUCUUUCGGUAUUAUCAACGACGUCGAUUGGGAUAGUGAUUUUGAAGUGCUGGCUAGUGAAGUAAAUACUACGAAAUAUUUUAAACAAAAUGAACAACAAAAAACUUUACCACCAACAACAAAUGUGACUAAAAUACCCCCAGAAGUAACAAAUCCAGAAAAUAAAAAUAUUUCCAAACCGGAAAAAAAGUUUUCCCUCUUCAAGCGAAAUAAACCUUUUUCACUUCUUCAAGAUUCCAGCGAAGAGAAUCAAGUAACGAAUAAUAGUUCAAGAAGCAAUGAAGUAAAUUUAUUAAGUCGUAACAAACCCUUUUCACUUCGUCAAGAUUCCACCGAGAAGAAUCAAAUACCAAACAAUAGUUCGAAACAAAAUGAAGAAAAAACCGCAGAAAUAUUAUCCAAACGUAGCAAACCCUUUUCACUUCGUCAAGAUUCCACAGAAAAAAAUCAAACACCAAACCAAAGUUCGAAACAAACUGAAGUAAAUAGUGAGGAAAUAUUUAAGAAACCGGAUUUAAAUUCAUUUAAACGAGUGCACAUUAAUUCACCCUCAACAUCAAGUGAUAGAAAAAAUAGACAGAGUAAAUUAAGUUUGAAACUUACGGAGAAAAGGGAAAUGAAUCGGGAAGUUAGUUUUAAUUCAACUUCAACGGAGAGUCCUGAGGUGAAACGAAAGAAAAUUAAGAAGCGGAGACCUGAUUGUCAAUUUAUCGACAAUGAGGCAGAUGUAAGUGAUGAUGAUUAUAACACUUCUGAUGGUUCGUCUGGUGAAGAUGAUGAUGAUGAUCUUCAAGAUUUCGUCAGUUACACGCAAAAUACUACACAACAUGAGGAUAUGCGUGCUCAUUAUAUGAAAUCAGUUAGGAGUCCCAUUCGACGACCGGGAGCAUUUCUCAUUAAAAAAUCGUCUCACUUUCAUGGAAAUGUAUUCUCUCAACCUCUUUCGCAAUAUGAUGAUACUUACGUACAGGAUUCAUUUUGCGUUAACGAAGACGAAAGUGAAUACAACGAAGAAAAUAGUGAUGUCGAUGAGGAUUUAGAAAUAAUCGCUGAAAAUUUAUCAGAAGUAACGCUAAAUCGAGGAAAAAGAAAACGAAAGAGAUCGCCAAUUUUCAAAUGUAAUAAAAGAAAAAAACGAAAAGGUCGCAUUCAAAAUUUGUACAAUAAUAAUAGUAGCAGCAGUGAUGAUGAAACUGAACAAUUGCGAAAGCAAAUUCAAAAUGAAUCUGUAUUUUUAAAAAAAUGAACUAAUUAAAUUUUUUCGCCCAUUGUUUUGCGCACUAAAACACACAUUCAAACAUAAUAAAGCUGCAAGACUGAAAUGCAAUUUGUAUAAAAAAAGAAAUGAAAAUUGAAAUAAUAUUGUAUAAAUCUAGAAUUGAAUUCUGUGAUAAAUUAUAAAAUCACUAAAUUGCUGUGAUAUAUCCUGUUAAUUCGUGUCUAAUACGCGUUGUACAUUUUUUUUUUGAUAUUAUAAUUAUGCAAAACUUAUUCUUAUUGACAAUAAGAUUUCGUGUAAAAUAGUUACUAGCUAAUAAACUCAGCCAUAUUUGUAAUAAGAAAAGAGAACUAAUUUUUUUUUUGUCGUACAACGUUUUAUAAAAUUGUUAUUGUAAAAUUAUUUGAAAAGCAUGUUUAAAUUUAACAUUGUAGU